GUCUAAUCCCAGGCAGACGAGACGGAAAUGGUGCGUGGAGCCACCUGCCGAGUACCUGGUGAUCCUGGCGGAGUUGGGGAGACCGACAGACGUCGCGUGGGCGUUGGAGACGAUGCUGCCAGGACAGCGCGCGGCUGGCGCUGGCUGGGUGGAUAAGGCGGCGAGGACCUUGAAAGGCGAGGAAUUUGGGCGACGCGAGUUCCAGACCCAGUUCUACGACCACAGGGGGGAGGAGGUCCUGAUGGAGGUUCGCGCGGAUGACUUCCACGGCGAGGGGCGCGCGAAGAAACGGGAUGGCGCCGUCGCGCGGCUGUGGGAGGUCGACCUGAAGGCGACGCAAGUUAUUGGGAAGGGACGCUGCUCCUGCCUGAAUCGCGACAGGCCCAGGCGCAUGAGCUGGGGCGCAAUGCCCCUCCCGAGCGCAGAGCACACCGUGGACCUGGUAUGCGCGAUGUGCAUCGACGUAGGGGCGAGGGGCUGCUGGCGAGCGGGCCCGAGCCAGCCGACGGAGUGCGACGGGGCGCGCUUGGUUAAGCUAGCGAGGUACCUGCAGCAGGCGAAGAUAUACGGAGUGCUGCUCAAGAAGCCGGUGGUGACAUAUCCCGGCGAGGUGAAGAUGCAUAUGCGCGCGGACAUGUACGUCGCGACGUGCAAGACCACGAGGCGCCAGGGAGCCCAGACCACAUUGUCAGUGGAGGUGGAGUUCUACAGGGCGACCUCAGUGGCGAUCGGUGGCAAGCUCAUUAAGAACGUGCUGGAGUGGAUGGGCUACAAGGUGACCUGGGAGCUGUCGGUAGACGCUUGGCAGAAGCGCCGCAGAGACCCGGUGGACAUUGUGGAUUGCGCGGAGAUGAUCAAGCACGGGAAGCUGGAAUUAAUGUUGGUUGCAGCGAGCGCGAGUUGGGCAAGGCAGGGCCUGCAUGUCACCGUGCUGACACACGGGGCGAUCGCGAGUUUGGCGAGCACCUGCGAGCAGGACGUCUACGAUGAGAGGCAGACCACCAGCCUGGUGGGAACGGUGAUUCGCGACAGCUUCGAUGAGAACGCGGUGGUGAUCGCGGUGUUGCGCGCGGCGAUGGCAUUCGUGACUGGCCCGGCGCGCG